UAACAUAAUACGAAAAAUAUUUUUACCUUUUCCAUAUCGCGAAAUAAAAAAAAAAAAAACGAAAGAACAACAGGGACGAUAGAAAGAAUAAGUGUUUCGAAUUUUGAAAACAAUCGAUGUCGGUGACAUUGUUUUGAUAAAUGACUACAGACAAAAAAGAUAAAGAUAUAGAAAUGAGUGGACGAAUUGAGAACAAUGUUAAGUGCUACAGUUACGAGGACGCGUUAGAUAUGACAGGUCAUGGGAAAUACAACAAAGGACUGCUGUUCGCUUGUUUUAUGCUGAUCAUUGCCAUGGGUAUUGACAUUUAUGGCUUAGGAAUUAUCGUCACAGUCGCGACUUGUGACUUGGGAUUGAAUUUUCAGCAAAUUGGAAUAUUGUCCUCCAUGCCUUUUGCGGGUAUAAUAGUCAUGUCGUAUCCAUGGGGCUACCUGUCGGACACUCGGGGUAGGAAGCUGGUGCUGAUGUGGUCUAUGACUGGUAGCUUCAUUUGCGCCGCUAUCAGCAGUUUGGCACCAACUUGGCAAGUCUUAGCCGCACUGCGAUUCCUUAGUUCAGCACUGUCCAGCGCAGCAGAAUCUGCAACGUACGCUCUUCUUGGCGAAUGCUGUAGCUCCAAGUAUCGAACCAGAUACAUGCUAAUCAUGACAAGUGCCCUGAUGUUGACACCCACCUUGUAUUAUGUAUGGGCGUACUUAAUAACCAAGUUAAAUUUCACCAUAUAUAUAAUGGGCAUUGUCUAUCGGCCCUGGCGUCUCCUGACCCUCGUAAUGGCUCUGCCCUUGGGUAUUGGAGCUUUACUGUUGUGGUACUUCAGCGAGAGUCCUAAGUUUCUCGCCAAUGUUGGAAGAACGGAUGAAGCUGUGGCUGUACUUAAACGAAUGUAUGUCAUUAAUGGAGGAGAGUCAGAAAAAUAUCCUGUUGAAAAGAUAUAUUUAGAAGAAGGCAGCAAGGAUCACGUAGAUGGUUUGACUCUCCGCUCACUCUGGGAGCAGAUCGCGCCCCUCUUUAAACCGCCACUUCUCAAGAGAACGUUGCUACUAUACUAUUUAACAUUCGUUGUAUAUAUCGCAAACAACAGCUUUGCAAUAAUACUUCCAACGAUAUUUAACGUAUUCUUCACGUCUUACGCCAGUCAAGAAUCUGGUUCCAGCUUCUGUGAAUUACUCUCUGACGAGGCCAACAAUGUUACCACCACAGAUAGCCCCAAUACCACAAUCAUUCAACAAGAAUUAGAUUGUACAGAUUCCAUAUCUGAUAACACGAUAUUUGCGGGAUGCGCUCACGGUCUGUCUUUCUUUGUAUUGAACGCGCUCAUCUCGCAGUGCGCGAAGAAACCGAAGGUGUUAACGAUAACAAUCCUCGUGAUAGCAGCAGUCGCAGCCGUCUUGAUUGACCUGACCGGGGAAGCUAUCUCCGGACUACUCUUAUUCUACAUCUUCCUUACCACUGCCAUGGUCUUUGGACUCGUGUCUUCAUAUUUUGUUACAUUAUAUCCCACGUCUUAUAGGGGCAUGGUGGCGUGCCUGGGCAUGAUGGUGGCGCGGCUGAGCGCGUUCGGCGGCACCAACCUCGUGAGCGCGCUGGUGGGGCGCGCGUGCGGCGCCACGCUGCACGCCGCCGCCGCGCUCGUGCUCAGUGGUGCCGUCGCAGCUUGGUUCCUGCCUCCAGAUAGCGAUGCGAAAGGAUAAUAAUAUUAUUAAUUUGUUUUAUUUACCAUAUUUUUAGCAUUUACAUUCAGAGUAUUUUAAUUGUUAAAAUACAAUAAUUUAAAAUAGAUA